CCUUGGUUCACUUGCAACGUGUCAAUUGCACCGGUUCUCUCUCUGCUCUUCCUCUCCCCUUUCCUUUCUUUUUUCCUUCCGGGGAUGGUGACUUGGUCGCUUUUUAGUGCCAUCCAGAAAACCCUUCCCAGGCAAGCAAUGGCUUAGAGGAGAGGGAAAGAGGCAGGAGAAGAAGAAGGAGGAGAAGAUGAGUUUCCACAAGGAGGAUGGUGUGGGGAGCCUGUGUCACAAGGCGCUGCAGAUCAUCUCAGAGCUGUGCCUGGGGGGCCAGGUGGAGCGGGAGAAAUGUUCAGGCAUCUUCUUCCCCUUGGAGACCACCAAGCAAGGUAUAGACAGCACAGACAUCUCAGUCAGUCUGCUAGCAGUAGUCGUCAGCUUCUGUGGGCUUGCCUUGCUGGUAGUCUCGCUAUUUGUCUUUUGGAAGUUGUGUUGGCCAUGCUGGAGAAGCAAGCCUCUUAUUUCUAAUACCAGUAAUAUCCCUCAAAGCACCUGUAGUGCUCCUGCUGAGGUUUUCGAAACCAACGAGAAAAAGGAAAUUAAAGAAAAUGGGAAACCUUCCAUGAAGGUACUUGAGGCUGCAAUGAAAAUUAGCCACACUUCACCUGAUAUUACAGCCGAAGUCCAGAAUGCAUUGAAAGAACAUCUAAUUAAACAUGCACGCAUGCAGAGACAGAUCACUGAGCCUGCAUCCUCAUCAAGGCAUAAUUCUUUCAGGAGGCACUUGCCAAGGCAGAUGCAAGUGUCCAGUGUUGAUUUUAACAUGGGGACAGAUCCUAUUUUACAACGGGGUGAGACAACAACCAGCAUUGGGCGAAUAAAACCAGAACUCUAUAAACAGAAGUCUGUUGAUUCUGAAGACAAGCAAGAAGAUGUGAAAAUCUGUGGGAAACUUAACUUUACUCUCCGGUAUGAUUAUGAAAAUGAACUCCUUGUUGUUACCAUUGUCAAAGCCUUAGAUCUACCUGCUAAAGACUUCACAGGAACCUCAGAUCCGUACGUUAAGAUUUACCUUCUCCCAGACAGGAAAAAGAAGUUUCAGACACGGGUUCACAGAAAGACUUUAAAUCCUGUCUUUGAUGAAACCUUUCAGUUUCCUGUAGCCUAUGAUCAGCUCAGCAACAGGAAACUGCAUUUCAGUGUAUAUGAUUUUGACAGAUUUUCUAGACAUGACAUGAUUGGGGAAGUUAUUCUUGAUAACUUUUUUGAAGUCUCUGAUCUCUCCAGGGAAGCCACUGUGUGGAAAGACAUCCACUGUGCCACCACAGAAAGCAUAGAUUUGGGUGAAAUCAUGUUUUCCCUUUGCUAUUUACCUACUGCCGGACGAAUGACAUUAACAGUAAUCAAAUGUAGAAACCUCAAAGCCAUGGACGUAACUGGCGCUUCAGAUCCUUAUGUCAAAGUCUCAUUGAUGUGUGAGGGUCGAAGGCUGAAAAAGCGGAAAACAACUACAAAGAAAAACACACUUAACCCAGUUUAUAAUGAGGCCAUCAUCUUCGAUAUCCCUCCAGAGAAUGUGGACCAGGUCAGCCUCUCCAUUGCUGUGAUGGACUAUGAUCGAGUAGGACACAAUGAGGUGAUCGGGGUGUGUAGAACAGGACUCGAUGCUGAAGGACUUGGAAGAGAUCACUGGAAUGAAAUGCUGGCUUACCCCCGUAAACCUAUUACUCAUUGGCAUCCACUGGUAGAGUUACCUGGCCAGGCAACCAGUUUUGAUAGCCAGGGGUCUUGUUCAUCACCAAAACCACCACCUACACCCUAGGGCACAAGAAUGGAUUCAUCACAUCCAGUGUCCAAGCUCCAUGUCCAUCACACCUACAUUAACAGAAGGUUUGGCUUCCUCAGAUGAACUGUAUCCAUAUUUUUGUAUUAAAAUAGAUUUUCUUCUUGUUCUAAGUAUUUUACAGUUUAUAAUAAUUUCUUAAGAAUGAAUUUCACUUGAGCCAAAAUAUUCCUUCCUUAUGCAAAGAUAUUCAUUUUUCUCUCUCUCAUAAAGUAUUGUUUUGAUACAAUCUAUUUCUUUGCGGAUGGAAGGAAAUAAAAAAACAAUACAUGUAUACUAGCACUUGAAAACAAAUAGAGCUUAUGAUACUAUUCCUUUCAAGGUAGCAAAAUUGUCAUAUACAGCACUUACUUUGUAACUUGCCUCUAAAUUAUAAAUUUUGCACUAAAUCGUAUAUGACCAUUAAAGAAAACCUUGAAAGCUUUUGAUGUACUAGAAAAAGAUAAUUCUAACAACAUAAUGUCCAGUUUCUCUAUGAUUGUCUUGAAUGUUACUGUAGGCCUGCACCAGAGCCCACUGAAGUCAAUGGAAAGGAUCCCAUUGAAUUCAUUUGGUUUUAGUUCAGGUCCUAAGGACCAUAUCCUGCAAAUGAAUGCAUGUAGUUGAACCUUUACAACAAUCCUACUGACAUUGUGGAGACAACUAUGCAGUAUUUUAUAUCCAAGCAAUUUUGACUGGAUGCCUUGUUCGCAUGGGAUUGGUUCUGUUCUGGUCUUAUGAAUUCAAUAGGACUGGACCAGUGUUUUUCUUAGAAUCAGGCUUCCAGUGAAAAAACUUGUGAUUGUGGAUUUGAAAUUUUCCUUCUGUCAAUAUAGUGAGGUAAAAACUUAAGUGUUACUAGUUCAUAGAACAUUCCUGCUCAUAAACUCAAGAAUAUUCAAGGAAAGAAAAUACAAAAUGAGCAUCAGUUAAAGCUAGCUGGUUAAAAAAAUGAAUAAAUACAGUAACUCCUCAUUUAACAUUGUCCCACUUAAUGUUGUUUCAAUGUUACGUCACUGCUCAAUCAGGGAACAUGCUCAUUUAAAGUUGUACAAUGCUCCCUUAUAACGCUGUUUGGCUGCCUGCUUGUAAGAUUCUGUGGAAAAGCAGCGACUUUACAUGGGAGCAUUGCACAAGUUCCGCUUCUCCGACAACCCCCCUCUCUCCCAGCGCUUCCCCCACCACCAAAUUUGGCAGUGCUUAGGACUUUAUGGGAGGGAAGGGCAGGAGUGGGGAAGCGCCAUGUCUCUGCUCCUUCUCUUCCCUCCCAGAAAAUCCUAAGCACUGUGAAACAGCUGUUUGUCAGUGCUUAGGACUUUCUGGGAGGGAGGCACAGGAGUGGAAAUGUGGGGCUUCUCCACUCCUCCCCCUCCCUCACAGCACUUCAUGCUUAGGACUUUCUGGGAGGGAGAGGCAGGAACGGGGAAGCGCUGCAUCUCCGCUCCUCCCCCUCUCUCCCAGAAAGUUCUAAGCCCUGCCAAACAGCUGUUUGGCGGGGCUUAGGACUUCGCGGGGGGAGGAGAGAUAUGGUGUACUCCGGAGAGGAGGUGGAGUAGGGGUGGGAAGAGGUGGGCCUGGAGCAUUCCCAGCAAAAUCUGAGCCUGUUCUCCGGAGAAGCUGCCGCUGCUACUGCAAAGGUGCUUCCUAGAGUCCUUGGCUGCACCGGGCUCUGCCUGUGUGGGGUAAGCCAGGGGCACUUCCCAACCACAGUACAGUACAGUAUACAGUAUAAUGCCUUUUGUCUGCCCCUCCAAAAUUUCCUUGGAACCUAACCCCCCACAUUUACAUUAAAUCUUAUGGGACAAUUGGAUUCAUUUAACAUUGUUUCACUUAAAGUUGCAUUUUUCCUGCACAUAACUACAUUAAGUGAAGAGUUACAGUACUAGCAUGUUACUUUGCAGUAUUGAUCCAAGUCUCAAUAAAACUCCAGUUUAGCUCAGUGAGAGAAUUUAUACUGAGUAAGGCCAGAGAAAAGGCUGCAGGAUUGGGCCCUGGACUUUUAAAGGUGAGCUGCAAUAGGAAAAUUAAUUACAGGUGUUCCCUUUUUUUUGUUUGUUUGCUUGUUUCUUUUUGACAUAUAAAGACAGCUAGAAAGGUUUUAGUUUAAAAAAAAUCCACAAACAUUUUAAUAUUAGAAAUGUAUGUCCUGUCUAUGCAGAAAAACUCUGUAAUGACAGGAGAACUACCAAAUUCUAACAUGCCAGGAGUCAAGAGAAUGAAAACUGAGAGGAGGGGAUUUUUACUUAGACUUAAAAAAAUCUUUUGGGUUUGGUUGGCUUUGUUAAUAUUUUGGAUAAAUGAUUUAUUUAUAAAAAUCCAUCACCUCCAGCUUUUUAAUUACGAUGUGAUAGCUCCCAGUAAACAUGCUCUGAGAUGUCUAUCGUUUCCUCCAGAAAAACCACAGAAAGCUAGUCUUGACAUUCUAGUAAAACCAAGCAUAAAAUAAUCACAUACAUAAACACACAGGCCUUCUUUAUAUAUUACUGAAAACAAAAACAAAAAAAAGGGACCAAUGUUUGAAAAAAUUCUUUGCAAGUCACCUUUGCUGAAUCCUAUAGAAACUGUUUCCUUCUAGAGAUUUGGU